CGCAGUAGGGCUUAUUUGGAAAGUGUUUAAAGAUGUUGUGUUCAUUCUACAAGAAAAUAUACAAUGUCGUGGAUGAUCCAUCAUUGGAUCAAAUCAUCUCGUGGAGCAAAAGCAACAAUAGCUUCAUCGUUUGGAAUCUUGAAGGGCUUGAGAGAGAGGUUCUGCCGAAAUCGAUAGAAUUUGGCAAACAUUACUUAAAGUUUAUGACCGAACUUAAGUUUUAUGGCUUUAAAAGAAUUAAGGGGUCUGCACAAUGGGAAUUUGGACAUGAGUAUUUCGUGAGAGGUCAACCUGAGCUUUUGGUGAAGAUGAUGUUCAAAACUGGGAUGAAGAGGAUUGAGGAACUUGCAGCUAUACGUAGAGCAAAGAAAAAGAAAGCCAAAGCUGAAGCUGAAGCUAAAGCCAGAGCCGAAGAAGUAGAGGACCGCUUGCAGCACUUACGAAUCUGAUCAAAAGUCUUCUCGUUUUCAAUGAAUAAGGAAGCUUUUGUAUUGUAUCAACAACAAUUUUUAGUUUGGUAAUACAAUUUUGGGAAUUUU